AUGAUGCUGGACGACAAGAUCUGGAUGGGUUCGAAAGGACCUUGCGUCGGAAAUAUUCCGCGCAUAGAUCGACUGGGAUUUAAGGGCCUGUGUCUGCACAAUUGGCCCUUGGUCAUCCGCCAGGCAACGUAUGCCAGUGUCCUUCCCGCGGGACCGUCGUGCGGCGCGAUCUGGAAUAAAGAUCUCAUCUACCAGAGAGGGUUGGACCUCGAGCAAGAGUUCAAGGACAAAAGGUGCCAAUUUUGCUCUGAGUUAACUGCUGGUGCGUUGGGACGGUCGCCGUACGGAGGGCAGAACUGGGAGGCAUUCUCACUGGAUGCGUAUCUCUCCAGCAUUGCCCUCAGCCUUACGGUUGUGGGCAUGCAGUCAUCGGGGUUACAACGUGUGAUGAGUUCUUCGCCCAUGUGUGGAGGGAAAGGAAAAUUUUUACCUGAGCCAGCAUGUGUGAAACAUUUCAUCGGGAGUGAACACUCGCAGUCAAAACCCGGGGAAACUAUCUAUUCCGCCUCCUUUAAUAUCGAUGAUUGCACACUACAUGAGCUGUACCUCUGGUCGUUUGCAGGUGCCAUCAAGGGAAACCUGCCGUCCAUCAUGAGCAGCCUCAACUGCGUCAAUAACACCUAUACCUGUGAGAACAGCAAGAUCCUGAAUAGGAUUGUGAAAGAGGAACUACCUGGUUCCUAA